UAGAAAAGGGGGAAUAACACAAUGGGUCUGUGACAGUAGGUCGACAGGAAUCUUCUCUGGGAUUGUCUGGUCUUGAUAAGAUUGAAUUGGCUGCAAUUACGACGUAGGGAACGCGCACUCUGGAAUAAAACACAAUUUGACCAACGUUGUGACAGCCGACGCCGACCAAAAAUGACGUCAUGUCCAGGUUAUAAAAUCGCGCCAGCAGCCCUCCCCACACAUAGGGCACCAGUGGGCAACACUGGACAAGUCUGUGAAAGCGUCCAACCCGCGUCAUUCUCGGGACAUCCCGCGUAAAUCCCGCGUCACCUUACACAGGAAUUUCCCUGGAUAUGUGUGUGAAAAGGGCUUGAGUGACCGACGCUAUUGUUGUGUUUCCACUCUCUCCUUCCCCUGCCGCUGCAGUCGUGAGAGAGAACUUCCGCCGCGUCGUCGGUCAGGCCUAGGGCUGGCCAGGUGUGUGGCUGUGUGUGUCAUUCAUUUACAGGCCCAGCACCUGACGGGUAGAGCGACGGCAGCUGUCAGCAAUCACCAUCACCAGCCUACAUAAGCCAGCCAGAGCUCCACCACGUCGCUGGAUCGUCUCUUUCAGUAUACUCUUAGUGCCUUCUCGCAUUUUGAAUGUUUCUGAGUGACCUCAACUGAUCAUGGACCUUUUAGCCUUGUCCUAGGAUCCCGCCAACGCCUCACGUCUUUUGCUACCUCUGCCCAGGCUCUCUACACGGAAGAACACCAUGGCUCUGGAACAAAUAAACUUUUUUGACUUCCUAACCACGCCAUCUCAUGUACCUGCUUUAGGGUUCUCUGCUCACGAUCGUAACACGUAUUUUUAUGGGAUCAAAGUCAUGCUUCUGUGUGACACGCUUGCUGCUGUGUAACUGAAAUGAAAAGAGAGACCGAACCUUUAAUUUCCAAAUAUGGAACAACCAGCACAUCACAUUUACCUGACGCGCCAUUGUAUUUUUGUUUUUGUGCUAUCGUUUAAAGUGUGUGUAUAGCUAGUUCUCAAAUUUGUUGCUCUGAAACAAAAACUUAUAAUCAAACGAUACUGAAAAACAGUAGUGGGAAGUCAAGUCCCGUUGCAGAACGAAUUAUCUCAACAAUCUCGGUCAGGACCGAGAAUAAGUGAACGAGAAGUGACAUAACUCGGGUCUUUCCCCUGCCUGCAAGCUGGCUGCGUAUUGGCCACACGUGGAAGUAAGCGGCAGACGCUCUGAUUGUUUCCGCUCCCGCCCCUUCCUGCAAUGAGGCUGUCUCAACUCUCAACACCCUCCCACGCAAGGCCCAACUUUCUUAAGAAUGAAUCAGUGCAGAAGGUGAUUACUUCAGUGUCAUUCCUCCAAACGAUUUGUUCAAGACUGACACAACACUAGAGCACUGAGACAAGUGGCCACCCGCACACUCUGGAAGAGUCGACACGACAAGGCUGUCCGGAUACCCGAUCGUAGGUCACCUAGCUUACGCGUUUACGAGGAAGAAGGAUGACUCUGGACAGCGGGCGGAAGGAGCUGCUGUGGAAAACGCUGAUGGAGCUGGGGGAAGACGACUUCAAGGCCUUCAAAUUCUUCACGGACCUGCCUCAAAGGGUACUUGACACCCCCAGCCCGGUGGACGUUGCUUACGAGAUGGUGAAGAAGCACGGCGAGAACGCUUUGGAGGAGACCAUCAAGAUUCUAAAGAGGAUCGGUAACAAUAACUUGGCUGAGAUGUUGCGUUGCAACGUGCUUGAAAUAAGAGGCACCGUCUUCUCAGUCCACGAUGACAAUGAUCAACUUGCCAGAUUGAAGGCAGACCUACAAAGCAACCUGCAUAGUUUAUACAGCAUUGUUCCCGAGGGCAACACCGAGCGAUGGAAGCAGCAGCCUCUGGUGGAUGUCUACACGGAGCUCGAUGUCACCUACGGGGCCGACAUCAGUCCCGACGAACGGCACGAGGUCCUUCAGAUGGAGACGCGUGCCGCGGCGGCCAGGGAGUCUAUCUUGCCUUGUGACAUCUUCAAAAGCCCUGACGGGAAGCCGCGACCGAUACGCACGCUGCUCACCGUCGGCUUCGCAGGAAUCGGAAAAACCUUCCUGGUUCAAAAGUUUGUGUGCGACUGGGCCAGCGGGAAUACAAACCAGGACGUACACUUCAUAUUUCCCUUCACCUUCCGUGAGUUGAACACGGACAAAGGGAAAAGUUUUACGCUGGCCAAGCUCAUCCGACGCUACGUUUGCGAGAGUAGGCACAUGAGCGAGGAGACGCUGAACAAUAUAUUUGCCGAACUGCAGACGUCCGGGAAGCGGGACUACGAAAGCAGCAGGAUCAAGAUCUUGUUUGUCUUGGACGGAUUGGACGAGUGCAACUUCAGAAUGGACUUGAAGAAUGAAAUGAAAGUAGACAUGGACGUGACAGAGGCCUACCCUCUGGAGGUGCUCCUGGCGCACCUUAUCAAGAGGAACCUGCUUUCCUGCGCCAGGGUUUGGAUCACCACGCGGCCCGCAACGGUCCGCGAGAUUCCCUCCGACUUCAUUGACAGCAGAACGGAGGUGAGAGGAUUCAGUGAUUCCCGGAGGCUGGAGUACUUCAUGAACAGGUUCCCAAAUGAAGAUCGCAUCAUUGAGUACAUCCAAAAGUCUCGCACCAUCUUCAUCAUGUGCCACCUGCCCAUCUUUUGCUGGAUCACCUCUACAAUACUACAGGAUCAUUUGGACAAAGGGAAGGUGGGAGAACUUCCCACAACGCUGACCGAAUUGUACUCAGAGCAUGCCUUUCGCCACCUUGACAAGAGCAAGGAGAGACAGACGACGGAGUAUGCCUGUGACGUGAAAGCGCUAGCAAAGCUGGCCUUUCACAACACCAUGAGUAAACGUCAGAUCUUCUAUGAGAAGGAUCUGGCGGACAGCGGCUUUGAUUACAACCAAGCCGCAAAACACUGCGGAAUAUUCACCGAGGUGUUCAGGGAGGUCCGUCCGCUCAGAAAAAACUUACAAGGCAAGAUGUUUCAAUUCAUCCAUCUGACCAUCCAGGAGUAUAUGGCCGCAUUCUACGUGAUGAUGAGCCUCUUCCACGACAACAAGAACGUAGUGACUGAUUCAGAGCUGGAACCGGGAGGUGUUUUCCAAGAUGAAGAUAAAUCAGAAGAAUUAGAAGAAACAGAAUCAGAAAACGAAGAAACAGAAUUAGCAGAAGAAGAUAAAGAAGAUGAAGGUUCUUGGAAAAUCACUGAGGUCCUAAGGUCAGCUCUCCAGAAAGCCUCGGAGAGUGAAGGAAACCUGGACUUGUUCCUUCGCUUCCUCGUUGGCCUUUCCUUGCCGUGCAACCAAGAAGUAGUGGGUGAACUGCUGAAAGCCCCUCAGCACUGCAGGCAAAGCAAGUCAAAAACAGUCAAGUUGAUCAAGGAAAGGAUCAAACGGAACACUCCAGAGAACAACAUCAACUUGUUCUACUGCUUAAACGAGCUGAAGGACGACUCCUUGCUGAAGCAGAUCCAGAAAGAAAUAGUCAUAAGUUUCCACUGGGAAGACAUGCCAGAUUAUAUGUGGUCUGCCCUGGCCUUCUUACUUACCAACGACGAAACCUUGAAGUCCAUUUACCUGUCGGAAUACGCCCAAUCACCUUUGGUGCUCGAGAAACUGUUGGUGGUUGUCAAGGCUUCUCAAAAAUUAGAGCUAGUCGAAUGUUACCUGGACAAACGCAGCUGUCACCUGCUGGCUUCCGUCCUCAGCUCUCCCUCCAACCUGAGGCAUCUGGACCUGAGUCUGAACGAUCUGUCGGACGAGGGGGUCGAGAUCCUCUCGAAAGGAUUGACCAGUCCUCACUGCAUCUUACAAUUCCUAGGGCUACAAUGCUGCGGAAUGACAAAGCAAGGAUGCAUUUUGUUGGCGGAGUCUCUCAAGUUAAACCCCUCUCAUCUUCAAGAGCUGCACCUGAACUUCAACAAUCUGUCGGACGAGGGGGUCAAGAUCCUCUCGAAAGGACUGGCCAGUCCGUACUGCAUCUUACAAGUCCUCAAGCUGUCAGAGUGUGGGAUCACGGGGCGAGGAUGUGUGUCGUUGGCCGAGCCUCUCAUGUUAAACCCUUCCUAUCUUCAACAGCUUUACUUGAACUUUAACAAUCUGACAGACGGGGGCGUUGAGGCCCUCUCGAAAGGACUGGCAAGUCCACACUGCACCUUACAAGUCCUCGAGCUGUCAGAGUGCGGGAUCACGAAGCAAGGAUGCAUUUCAUUGGGGGAGGCUCUCAAGUUAAACCCCUCCCAUCUUCAAGAGCUGGACCUGUGCUGGAACGAUCUGUCGGACGAGGGGGUCAAGAUCAUCUCAGAAGGACUGGCCAGUCCACACUGCAGCUUAAAAGUCCUCCAGCUUUCAUGGUGCAAUAUUACGGAUAAAGGGUGCGUUUCAUUGGCCAAGGCGCUCAAGUUACACUCCUCCCAUCUUCAAGAGCUGUACCUUUGGGGCAAUCAAAUAGGAGAGGAAGGAAAGAGUGUCUUAUUGGACGUCCAAGAGGAUCCCAGCUAUCAGCUGAAGACUGUGUGCUUCACCGGGUGAAACGAAGAACAACGUUCGGUCCUUGGCGUCAAGAAUGGCGAGUCAUUCCAAGUGUUCAUUUUUAGAAGACGUUGAGCCCAUUUGGUCUCCUUCAGAUUUAGUUCGGUGCUACGUACUGUCCGACGGUCUCAAGAGCAUCGGGUGUCGGAUCAACAUGCAAAAGCAGCCUCGAACUUGAGGCGGUCCGCCCGCCGGCGUCGCAAUGUUUAUAGUGACGCCGCUACUGGCAGGUGGAGUUCAAGGAGGAAGGUCUACGACUUUGCCACCAAACUACUGGCAGUUGUUUUCGGACAUGAAUUGAAAUGGGUUUGUCACGAGUAGACGUCCAGUCCAUUUGGACUGGGAGGGGCUGACCAAAAGGAUUGGACUUUCAGCACCGUGAACAGCAACCAGUGAGUUCAGUAAGUACUAGAGGCGUGCGAAAUUUCCGAUUCUUUGAUUAUUCACGAUUCGGCCGUAGAAGAUUUGAGAUUGAUUCACAUACAUCCAUUUUUCGAUUACUGAAAUAUAUCAAGGAAAGCGGAACUAAAACACAGUCAGCACGGUCUUCAGGACGCAAUGAGGAACGGACCGAGAGUAAAUGUCACAGGGUAGAAGUGUUGUUAUAUUAUUUGGAUUGUUUUGGGGUUUUCUGUGAUGUUUUGCUUUUUGUAUUUACUGCUUGUAGUGUUUAGUUGAGCCUCCAGCCUAAAUGACCCCAAUUAGAACACCUGUAGAACUGUGGCCAUUCUCAAUAGACUGAGGACUAAGCCAAUUGGAGGCCGACAGGGGCGGGACAAGUUUGGCCUAUCAUCCACACGCACACCUAAACCGGAGUUCGCAAGAACGAUGCGGAAAGUGAAUAAGUGUGAAUUCUGCGUUUGUGGCGCCAUCAUGUGGACACUGAUAACCGAAGAUUUAACCGUGGAAAUGUCACUGGCUGCGACAAACUUUGUCCCCACGUCACACAUGAGACCAACGUUUACAUCUGGAGUCAACAUGGAUAUUGUCGCUGUGUUUAGAUCUAAUUAUUAGACAGGUAGUGUUGGCAACCAUUUAUUUACAAACUCUUGAAUUGCUCCAUAUUGAGGAACACAAGCGGAGGACGGGAUUACUGACAAUUAUUUGUCGGCGUAUGAGACUGACGCCAUGUUUUCCAAUUUGAAGAAGUGACGUCGCGAGAAGGGAAGCUUACUCUGAUUGGAUGGGAUUUGGAGAUCUGCUGCCACCUUGAGGCCUGGCAUUGUUAUGAAUGUACUUAACACGAAUAAAUGCGGUUGGCUGUCGAUGCUGUUUUUUUUUCUACAAACGUGCAGUUGUGGACGUAAUUAUUUUUCUGGCGUAUUACUGCAGAAAUCCUCGUUAAAAAGAAAAAAAAAAAACUGCUAGGUGUGGACAUGGCCUGGCACUGA